GCUCAGAGGCAGCUGCUCCAUGCAGAACUGAAGCGGGUCCUGCAGAGGAAGGAAGAGAGGACGCAGGAGCCUGGGGCCCAGGUGACUCCGAGCAGCGCCAUGGAGGUCAGGAGCCGGAGUGCUGAGGAGCUGAGGCGGGCGGAGCUGGUGGAGAUCAUCGUGGAGACCGAGGCGCAGACGGGAGUCAGCGGCUUCGACGUGGCGGGCGGCGGGAAGGAAGGAAUCUACAUCCGCGAGCUGCGCGAGGACUCGCCGGCCGCGCGGAGCCUGAGCCUGCAGGAAGGGGACCAGCUGCUGAGCGCCCGCGUGUUCUUUGAGAACUUCAAGUACGAGGACGCACUCCGCCUGCUGCAAUGCGCCGAGCCGUACAAGGUCUCCUUCUGCUUGAAGCGCACCGUGCCCACCGGGGACCUGGCGCUGCGGCCCGGGACCGUGUCUGGCUACGAGAUCAAGGGUCCGCGGGCCAAGGUGGCCAAGCUGGUACGCGUGCUUAGCCCGGCCCCGGCGCUGGACUGUCCUGGCGAUCUCGUCUCCGCGCCAUGAACCCUGCUCCCACACACCUCGGGCCAGCCUUGCCUUCUGUCUUGUCACUAACCCAAUGCUAACCCCACCCUUUGCC